GCAAGGUUGUGACGACGAUCCAGGCAGUCCUGCGGGCUACGGGCCACUCUGCCGCCGUGUGCCGACACUACGCCCGGCCAAUUGCCUCUAAUGACACCACUCGAACGCGUAUCCGUCCAAUCAACUCUUAAGACAAGAGGAUCCUUCAGUCUGCUCGGCGGCCCGACACUAUCGCAUUGCGAGCGGAUUGCUGUGGACCAGAACCAGUGAAUAGCGAGUGAUUGUUAUGGAGUGAUGUGUCAUAUAUGUUAACAAUGAACGUAGUGCUACUCGCGCCAACAGCACACCUCGUGGGAACCUCGAUAGCACAAGUCAAAGCAUAUCUAACGAUGAUUGAUUGAACUUUCAAAUAGAAUAACAAAUUGGACAUCAUGAAUGGGAUAAGCGCGACGGCUGACAAGCCGGCGACCGCAGUCGAGACUCCGCUGAAAGAUGAACCCAAAGCUAAGAGACCGGGCGUGCGGGAGAAGCUUAUGCAGAUCCGAUCCAACAUCACUGUGGAACCUAUCAUAGCUUGUUACAUAAUGUCUAAUGUGUUCUCAGGACUUGCAGUGCAAAACUUGAAUUUGGAGAAAGCGUGUAGAGUUAACUUAGGGUACGAUGAUGAAGUGUGUUCCGCGUUAAAUAGGCGGCAAACAGAGAACUAUACGUUACAAGAAUCUGAAGUUCAGAAGUUGACCGCGUCUGUGCAAGCGUGGAAAAACAUCGUCCAAACAGCAUUUCCGUGUAUCUUAGUGUUGUUUGUCGGCUCGUGGAGCGACAAAACAGGGAAACGAAAAGCAUGUAUCCUCCUGCCUAUAGUGGGCGAAGUGUUGUGCUGCACGAGCUUCAUCCUGAACACAUAUUUCUUUUACGAAUUACCUUUGGAGAUCACGGCCCUCUCGGAUCUUUUCCCGUCGCUAACCGGGGGGUGGAUAACAGUGUGCGUCGGUGUAUUUAGCUACAUUGGUGACGUAACGACCAAAGAAAUGAGGACAUUCAGAGUAGGUGUGGCCAAUCUGUGUAUGUCUCUUGGAAUCCCUAUCGGCAUGUCCUUAAGUGGUAUUCUGUUGCAACAGAUCGGAUACUAUGGCAUAUUCUUAAUAUCGAACUGUCUGUACGUGACGAGUCUGAUAUAUGGAUAUAUUAGGCUUAAGGAUCCCGUCAUAUCCUCCGACAGACAAAGAGUAAGUUGUUUAUAAACAUUCUCCGAUAUAUUUUGCAUGUUAUUCUUUAUGUUUUUAUUCGGCUUAUUUCGUUACAAGUUUACUGUAAAACUUCAGCUAUCAUACUGAUUUAGAUGUUCUUACAUUAUGUUUAAGUUGCCGUAAAGUGGUCAUAAGGGUUUAUUCAUUUGUUUAUGUAUCAGGAAGACAGAAUAAAAGUAUUUGUUUUUCAAUAAAUAAAUGGAAGUCAAUGCGAGGAUAAGAAUAAUCAAAUUCUUCCGAACAUUGAUUAAUUAGGAAUAUUCAUAAGUAUGUUGAUUUUAGAUCAGACUAGGGCUAAUGGAGUAUUGGUAUGUCUCGGUAAGGCGUUAGGCGUUGAUCGCUCAUUCGCAGAGUAGCCCGACAGCCCGGUUAGUCCUAUGUCUAAGUGAUAAAUUGCUGCGGGCCCACUACGCAAAUUCGAACGAAGGGGGACAUAGUAUCGCAAUCAGCAUUUUACGCGAGGCUCGUAUAGGUGUCGACCGAGAUUUAUAGCCCUCAAAUUCUUUGACAUUGUCAAUUGUCAAUAAGACCUAAGACUCGCCGAGAUACGUAGUUAGCUUGUUCUAGGAUAUUCAUAUAUCCAUUCCCAGUGAUUGAUGAUAUCAGUACCGAACUUUAUGAAAAAACCACCUUCCUUUUUGGUUCAAAAAUUGCGCUCUAUAAAUUUGAUAUAGUUUUUUGAUUGGUCCUAUCUUUCUCUUCCACGAAACUUUUGUUAAUGGGGAAAAACAUUUUCUGUUAAUCGCUCCCCUGACAGUCUGAUCAAAAGCUCUGUAAACACAAAGCGCAUGCAGUCCGUACGUUGAAAGAACAUGCAAAAAUAAAGUGGGGAUUAUUGCGGGAUUUUGUUUGUGACCUGAAAUUGCACUUAUUUGCGAACGA